AUGAUACCUAAACAUGCUUUAAAUGCCAUUGAUAAGUUACUUCAAGACGUUUGCAAUAACAAGUUUCCUUUCGGUGGUAAAGUUAUUCUUAUGGGUGGGAAUUUUAGGCAAAUACUUCCGGUUGUAAAGAGAGGGCAACCAGCUGAUAUUGUUGAAGCCUGUAUAAAAUGUUCUCAACAUUGGCAAUAUGUUCAGCGAUUUUCAUUAACAGAAAAUAUGAGGGUUCAGGCCGAAGAAGAGGAAUUCUCUCAAUGGCUUUUAAAACUUGGUAGUGGAACAUUACCUUUAAAAGCAGAUGGUUCCUUUCGCGGGUGCAUUGAGAUUCCUGAGCAAUGCUUGCUUGGAGAAAAUGAAUCUUUAGUAGACAAGAUUUUUGGAGUUGCAGAUAAAGAUGAUUAUGCUAAACGUGCCAUUUUGACACCCAAUAAUGUUGAUUCUUUAGCAAUAAAUGAAGAAGUUUUGGACCGUUUACCAGGUGGCGUUAAGAACAGUCUUACUCCAUCAGGAAUGCCUGUUCAUUGCCUAAAGCUAAAAAUUGGUGCUGUUAUAAUGUUACUUCGAAAUUUAGAUCUAAAAGCUGGACUUUGCAAUGGUACCCGAUUGAUAGUGCGUGCUCUACAAAAUAAUUACAUUGAUGGGCAAGUUCUAACAGGUGUUUCAGUUGGCAAGAGGGUAUUUGUCCCUCGGGUUCAGUUAACACAAUCUGAUUCAAAUUUACCUUUUACUCUUAAGCGUCGUCAAUUUCCUGUAAGAUUAGCAUACUCAAUGACCAUAAAUAAAAGUCAAGGUCAAACUUUUGACAAAGUUGGUAUUUAUCUCAAAAACCCUUGCUUUUCACAUGGUCAACUCUAUGUUGCAUGUUCAAGAACAAGAUCGUUUAAUACCUUAUUUUUUAAAAUUGAUGAGCAUUCAUUACAAGGUAUGUCAUUUAACAAAUGCUACACAAACAAUGUUGUAUUUACUAAUGUACUAAAUCUAUAA